CGAAUUUAGAUCUCCCCAACUGAAAAACAAACCGAAUCUCCCCAAAUUUUCUGCCUAUUUCGCCCAACAAGGAAUAGAAUCCGAUCCCUCCCCAACUCUUUCUUCUAUCUUCUUCCUCUUGUGCCCCCGGAUCUCGAACUUCCCUUCUUCAUCCCCGAUGGGCAGCAUCCGGUCCCUCUUCCGCCGCCGCCGAGGCCGCUCCAAGUCCACCCCGGCGACCGCCUCAACGCCUACCUCCCCCACCGCAGGCGGCGGGGCCGGCGCCGCUGCAGCGGUGGACGAGGUGGAGCGGGUGUUCAAGAAGUUCGACUCGAACGGGGACGGGAAGAUCUCGUCGGCGGAGCUGGCGGCGAUCUUCCAGAACCUGGGCCACCCUGCCACGGAGGAGGAGCUGCAGCGGAUGAUGGGGGAGGCGGACGCCGACGGCGACGGCUUCAUCAGCCUGGACGAGUUUGUCGACCUCAACGUGCGCACCGUCGACGAUUCCGCGGCCCUCGAGGACCUCCGCCACGCCUUCUCCGUCUUCGACCUCGACCGCAACGGCGCCAUCUCCGCCGACGAGCUCGCCCGCGUCCUCCGUAGCAUCGGGGAAGGGGCCUCCGUCACGCAGUGCAAGCGGAUGAUCGAGGGCGUCGACCGUGACGGCGACGGCCUCGUCUCCUUCGAGGAGUUCAAGCUCAUGAUGGCCAAUGGAUCCGGCUUCCCACUGGCCAACAAGAUCGAGUGAUUAGGGAGAGAUUCAAUCAAGAGCAUGGAUCCAUUGUGGUGCACUGCAUCGUGCGCACCGUCUAUCACAUGAUAGAUAGCCACAAACGGAUGCAGAGUUGUAUGAUGCAUACCGUAUGCGACUAUAUGUAGCCGUUCAUCAUACGAUGGAUGAUGCGUAUGAUGCACCAUAUUGUGCGGUGCAUUAUAGGCUCUCUAAUCAAACACUAGAUGGAAAAUGCUUUUUUUUUUUCAGCAAUGAGGAUUUUUGGGUGAUGUUAUGAGAUAGUUAUGGCUUGGUCCGAUCAAUUUAUUCAUGUCAAGUCCGACUGUAACAGCUAUAUAAAGCAUCUACAUAUAUUUUUGAGGUGAAAUAAAAAUAUUAUUCCUAAAA